GUCCGGCAGGCCACAUUCUCCUCUCUUCCUGCCCAGCUGGCCUCUCCUCCAGCUUAGCUCAGCUGCCUGCAUUCAGCCCAAUGUCCAGCUACGAAUUCAGCCCGGUGAGGUCAGGGGAGGAACCCUGCUGCCGGAUCUCUAAGAAAGCCCUGAUUGGUUUCGGCGUYGGGCUGCUGGUGGUGAGCCUCGUGGUGGUGGUUGCGGUCGUGGUCCUGAAGGUGCGCUCCCCACCUGAGCUCUUGGAGUGGCACGGGCGUGGCACCACCAGCCACUUUUCGGAGAUCGUCCUGGGACGAUGCUUCACUUACACUCAACUCAUCCGGCCAGAGCUGAGAGAUCAAGACUGCCGAAAGAUACUGGAUGCAUUUAAAAGUGCAUUUCUUUCCAAGAAUCCUUGCAACAUCACAAAAGAAGACUACCAACCACUACUUAAGCUGGACACUCAAACUAUAGCCUGCAACAAGACUCUGUUUUGGAGCAAAUUAAAAGACCUGGUCCAUCAGUACACAGGGGUGCAGCAGGAGCUUGUCACCCUGGAGGACACGCUGCUGGGCUACAUGGCUGACCGCCUCACAUGGUGUGGAGACCCCAGCACUUCUGACUUGAACUAUCAAUCUUGCCCUCACUGGAGGAAUGACUGCAGUAACAACCCUGGUUCAGUGUUCUGGAAAGCGAUUUCCCAGAAGUUUGCAGAAGCUGCCUGUGGUGUGGUCCAAGUGAUGCUCAACGGAUCCCUCACUGAACCCUUUGACAAGAACAGCGUUUUUGGAAGUGUGGAAAUCUUUAAUUUGCGCCCAGAGAAAGUUCAUACGGUGCAGGUCUGGGUGAUGCAAGAUAUUGGAAAAGGUCCCAGUGAUUCAUGCUCAGGGUCCUCCUUGAAUGAGCUGAAAUUGAUUGUGAACAAGAGGAAUAUGACAUUUGUCUGUCAGAAUAACUACAGGCCCGCCAGGUUUGUCCAGUGCGUGAAAAACCCUGAACACCCAUCUUGCAGAUCUAAGAUCUGAGCCACGGCUGCUUUAGAUCUGUGACUCCUUGCAGUAGUCACCCUGUGCAGGACUCAGAAGUCACACUGGAGAAGAGCCAAAGCCUUGAGGAGCAWCCUCUAUCACUAUGGCAACGUGGGAGAUGGGCACCUUUCCCCCCAAAGUCUUAAAAUAACUUCUGUUGUAGGCAUAGUUCUUAUUGUGUGCUACUAAUAAUCAAGAAAAAAAAAACUAUGUUAUAAAAUCAGAAUGAAAAUUUUAUAUUAAGUUAUUUCCUUUUACUUUUAUGUGAUCCUUUUAUAUUGGUAAUAUCCUUUUUUCCCUAUCUUGGGGUGGUGAUUGUGAGGGUUGAAUCCAGGGCCUUAGCACAUGCUGGGCUAGUGCUCUACCACUGAGCUACACCUCAGCCCCUCCUUGCUAUUGAAUAGUGACUGCCGCAAACCUCUCCUAUUAGAUCGGGAAAAUAAAUGGGCCAGCCUCUCAGAGACACUACAUUUACAAAUGGAUGCUAUUGUCUCAUGAUCUAUUUUUGUUCCCUUCCCUCUGAUAGGUCAACUCUAGACCCCAUGGUGCUGGGUCAUAGUGAGGAAAGUGCUCAGUAGGAUUUAAGUCUCAGGUGUACAUGGUGCUUCAUCUCUAACCCCUCCCACAGCCCCAACACCCAUAAAUUGGUAUUAUUAUCUUCCUUUAUUGAGAUGAGAAAAUGGGAGCGCAGAGAAGUUGCAUGAUUAUUUAAAGUCAAACAUUUUGUAUCAAGGUAGAGGCUGGAUUUGCACUCAGAUCUCUCUAACUCCAAAGUAUAUAUUMUCUUUCUGUCUAGCUGUUAAGAUCAAAUUGGCAAUGGUUUAUGUUCUUUUCCAACAAAUGUGUGUUGGAUUAAGUUGAAUAUAAUAGAAUCUGGAAUGCAAUUUCUCUGUGUGGCUUCAAAACAGAUUAACUUUUUUCCCCAAAAAUCUUCUCCUCCCCCUCAUGCUCGGUGUCUCAUACAUGUAGUAGAUAAAAUAUAUUAUUUCCUGAUACUGGCAAUUUAUGUUUUCUUAGAUCUGUCUUGCUUAGGAUUUACCAAUUUUAUUACUUUCUCAAAGUACUAA